UGCCAGUUCACCUAACGUAACCUUACCCGUUUCACGGCCAUGGCAUUCGAUCGGACUGGGAUACGGAUACGACGCGCGAACCGAACGUGUCUGCUGUGCCUGUUGUUAUAAGACAUAAAGUCAACGACGAUGCGUGGCUACCUUAUAAUAACAGUGAUGAAAUAGCGAACACGUAUCGACGUGGUGGAAGUGAAUCUCUCGAGGAUGCUAAUAUCGGAGCGACGAGACGAUUAAAUUUGUUAUGAUGGAAUAGAUGUUACGCACGUAACGAAGUGUCUGUGACUAAACGCGUUAGCCAGCGUUUUAUAAACAUCCAUCGGUGUUUGGUCUCUUUCCCGCUAGAGAGAUCGUGUCAGUUUAAACAUAGUAGGAAAGAAAAUGGAGGAAAAACAUGGCACUGGGCUAGUGGAGGAGGAAGAAUCAGAAGAUUCUGAAAAUAUAAUAAUCAAUGAAGUGGAUGGUCUGCCAAAUUUACAUCCAAAUUUUGCACAACUGGAGCUUGAAUUUGAUAGAGAAAGACAUAUUGGUGAUACGAGUAUCAGAUCAAUUGAUGAAUUGGUUCACGAUGAAGACCUACCAACUUCUGUAAUUGUUACUAAUGUGGAUCCCCGUGUUUUCAAGGGUGAUGAACUAAAGCCAGCCAUAGAGAAUCUUUUCAAGCAAUUUGGGGAAGAUGCUACCUUUCAGUACUUCAGAUCCUUCAGAAGAAUGAGAGUAAACUACAAUUCUCCCAGUGCUGCGGCAAAUGCAAGAUUACAGCUGCAUCAGACACAUUUUGGGGAAACUGAUAUUAAUUGUUAUUUUGCACAACCUGUGACACCCAUAGAUAUGGAAGAUCAGCAUCUCCAACCUCCUGCACUCACCAAACAGUUCCUUAUAUCUCCUCCAGCUUCUCCACCAAUUGGUUGGGAGCCACGCGAGGAAGGAGAGCCGCUCGUCAAUCACGAUCUAUUAGCUGCUAUAGCCAAUUUAUCCGCAGGCGGAAGUCACGAAUUACAUCCAGCAGGGUCGGGACAGCCAGGCAUAGUGGUGCACGUUUGCGAGACCGCGAAUCCGGCGAAAAACGCGCCUCGCAUUCAGCACACGCGUUGUCCCGAACAUUAAUUUUACUCCACUCGCUCGCGUCUCAGUUCUUACGCCGUUCUAAAGGCCAUCCAGUAAUAAGCAACUUCAAAUUAGAUUGCUAUAUUAUAAAAAGAUGAAACAAUUUACAACCAAUUGCUUGUGGCUGUGGUAUCUGAGCGAAAGCAGAAAGCGAUGCGUCGUAAAAAGAAAAGAUUACAGCUCGCAGACAACGACGCGGUCCAGCAGUAAGUAUUUACAAAGCCAGCCGCGGGGGUAGCAGCGAUCUAUAAAUAUCACACUUGUUGCUAUGUAUCGAUGAAGAUAUAGAGUCUCUCGGUUGCGUUCGUCCGUUGAGAAUCCCUAAAGUAUCCUUGUAUACUCUUUAUUUCUCACGGUGACAGUUGACUCGACAGAUUUGCAUAGUUUUUGGCCUACGUUGUUUCCAUUGUUGUUUCGUUAACAAUAAUGGCGUUAACGAUUUUAUAUGGCGAAAGAUCAUAGCCGAGAGCUGACGAUUGAAAUUUACAGUCAAUGUUGUCAGAAACGAGAAUUUAUUGUUGGGCGAUAUACUGAAGGAUUUUGCAGUUCUACCUCUCAUUAUUGGUGUGUUAUUUGUACUCUUAAACGGCACGUAAUGUUUAACAGUAUUGUUGUAAAUCCACAGAGAUGACUAACUAACGUUUUAGAGGAUAAUUAAUCGACAGAAUCAAAAAAGAAAAAAAAGGUCGGAGUUCAACGGCUUCCUCCUCCAUAUUUAUUUUUGGAUUGUUCUCUCUCUCUCUCUCUCUCUCUCUCUCUCUCUCUCUCUCUCUCUCUCUCUCUCUCUCUCUCUCUCUCUCUCUCUUAGAAAUGCUUCGGAGACUACGUCAAUCGAAUGUUGAGUUGAGUUUUGCGUGCAUGCGAGAAAAAAAACAAAGAUAAAUCUAGGGAGAUAUAUGACAUUAAUAUGUAUGUGAUAUGUGUGUGUAUACGAAUGUACUGUUCUAAAAACUCUAUCGUUCUCUUCGUUCUGUGUUUUCGGUAGGAAGCUAGUUCACAUUAGCUUGAACAUUACACGCUAUCCUAUAAAUGGUCUCUUGUUAAUGAAGUUACGAAAACACCUAUUGUUAUUCGCUCUACUCUCUUUGAGAAUUGAGUUAGUGAAGAUAGGAAUAGAAGAUCGUGGUACGUAUGUGGUGUCAUAUCAGCGUUACCGAUUACACACAGCGGCAGUGGUGAUUGUGUAUAUGUAUAUAAUAUUCUCGUGAAAACGUAUAAUUCUUGUUAAUGCAAGAUCUGUGACCUAAAAGUAAUUGUUGAAUAUUUAUAAAUACUUUAUAUAUAUAUAUAUAUAUAUAAUAUAUAUAGUAACCACCCUUGCUUUAUAUAGCGCGAUACCGUUUACAUUCUCCCGUCUGGGCGGGAGGACGGCGUGUAAAAGCCGAUUCCGUCUUUCAGUUUCGAUUCUUCUUUACCGAAAACCCAAGCAAAGAAUACGUACGUAAUUACAUUACACCGACGGAAGCGAUGUACAAAUGAUUUGUAUCGAUGAAGAAAAUAUAAAUAUAAAUUAUUUUACGUUAAAAGUUCUAUGCAUAAUCUGAUGUAAAUGUUACUCGUGUUGCCACGUGAGAGAUAUGCUAUGAUUACAGCAGGUAAAAAGUCGAGAGAUCGUCGACUCGAUAAUGACAUAUUGUACACAGUUAUGAAAUAUUCUGUCGUUUAAUUCAUUGAAAUUUUAUAUACCAUUAUUACACUCGUCUGUGUCACUUGUGUGUCAAGUGAUAUAAAAGCUUUAUACAUAUAACCGCGCGUCACGCGUCUCAUUGUUUUGCUUAAGUUACUACUUUCCGACUUAAUCCGACGACUCGAACCAUCCAAGUGUGACUAAUUCAGAUGUAGAAAUCAUACAAAUAUACGAUAUCUCUUUAUCACCGCU